AACGGAAGUGCGCAAAAAGUGAAGACAAAGUGACUUCAAUAAUCUUCCAUUUAAACAUUAUAGAAUAUAAUCGGUGGUUAGCAACUCUCACAGACGUAAACUCUAUGGUUAUAUUAAUCAGCAACAUCACUUAACACCUCUGUAUUCACGGGUUAAUUGGGUCCCAUGUCACUUCAUACACGCUGGCACCUGUGCACCCACAUCCAGUUUAAAUUGAGAUUCUUGGGUAUUCUCUGCGACAUCGGUGGUGGGCGGGUUUGUUAGUGUUAUACGAUCGUCACGUUAUGUUAGGUACAGUAAAAGUGAAAGUGAAAGGUUUACCUCUUCUUUUCCUAAAGGAAGUUUGUUUUAAGUGCGGAUUGCGCUUGAAAAACAAGGCAAGUGUAAUUGCAAGUCUAAUUCACGGACUCGUCUGACACCUAGGCUCUCCGGAUGGACGGUGGACAACAACCGGUACCCCAAGCAAAGUCUGAGUACACCUGGACCCUGACCGGACUGCCUUUUAAACUUGGACUCCCAAGACUGGACUCUCUUUUAUGCCUGGACUCUGGAACGAAGUCUAAUUAACAGCCGGACUUCCAGAACUUUUGGUUGACGUCUGCGCUGUGGAACUGGUUGUGACCAUUUGGGUCUUUGAGGUGGUCGCUCACGGUUAUCUGGGUAUUCCCAAGGAUGGGUGUGGGCCGAGGUCGUAGCCACUUCACGGCCUGACGUUUUCCAAAGUUAGCAGCCGUGCUCGAUUCGGCAUAACGUAAGAAAAGGCACUGAUUUUUUAAAAGUUGUAUUAAGAAGUACUUCUGAAAAGCUAGACAAUGUCAAAUACAGAAAUGGUGCUAAAUGACAAAUUACCCAGUGACAAGGAUUCACCAGGUCAAGGCCAGGCUGCUGGUAGUACUUCAGAUAUUGAAGAUGGAAGAAAUACAAUAAGUCAAAGAUCCUUCAGAACCAGCAAGAACAGCAGCAGCAGCAAUGCAAAGGCCAAAGUGCCUGAUGAAAGUCCAAAAGAACAGAGUGGAUUGUUAAGAAGCUUUGCCCGAUUAAGUAAGAGGAGACUUAGUUUCACACCUCAAAAAUCUUCAGACAAAAAUGUAACAGAAGUUAUGUCAAAUGAAAACACAGCUAAUAACCUGAGAGAAGAAGAAGAGUGCGUGGAAAAUAAGACAGUUGAGAACACAAAGUCUCCAUUGUCAGAAGUACUUCUGAAAAGCAAGACAAUGUCAAAUACGGAAAAGGAGUUAAAUGACAAUCUACCCAGUGCCAAGGAUUCACCAGAUGAAGGCCAGGCUGCUGGUAGUACUUCAGAUAUUGAAGAUGGAAGAAAUACAAUAAGUCAAAGAUCCUUCAGAACCAGCAAGAACAGCAGCAGCAGCAAUGCAGAGGCCAAAGUGCCUGAUGAAAGUCCAAAAGAACAGAGUGGAUUGUUAAGAAGCUUUGCCCGAUUAAGUAAGAGGAGACUUAGUUUCAAACCUCAAAAAUCUUCAGUCAAAGAUGUAACAGAAGUUAUGUCAAAUGAAAACACAGCUAAUAACCUGAGAGAAGAAGAAGAGUGCGUGGAAAAUAAGACAGUUGAGAACACAAAGUCUCCAUUGUCAGAAGUACUUCUGAAAAGCAAGACAAUGUCAAAUACGGAAAAGGAGUUAAAUGACAAUCUACCCAGUGCCAAGGAUUCACCAGAUGAAGGCCAGGCUGCUGGUAGUACUUCAGAUAUUGAAGAUGGAAGAAAUACAAUAAGUCAAAGAUCCUUCAGAACCAGCAAGAACAGCAGCAGCAGCAAUGCAGAGGCCAAAGUGCCUGAUGAAAGUCCAAAAGAACAGAGUGGAUUGUUAAGAAGCUUUGCCCGAUUAAGUAAGAGGAGACUUAGUUUCAAACCUCAAAAAUCUUCAGUCAAAGAUGUAACAGAAGUUAUGUCAAAUGAAAACACAGCUAAUAACCUGAGAGAAGAAGAAGAGUGCGUGGAAAAUAAGACAGUUGAGAACACAAAGUCUCCAUUGUCAGAAGUACUUCUGAAAAGCAAGACAAUGUCAAAUACGGAAAAGGAGUUAAAUGACAAUCUACCCAGUGCCAAGGAUUCACCAGAUGAAGGCCAGGCUGCUGGUAAUGCUUCAGAUACUGAAGAUGGAAGAAUUAAAAUGAGUCAAAGAUCCUUUAGAACCAGCGAGAACAGCAGCAGCAAUGCAGAGGCCAAAGUACCUGAUGAAAGUCCAAAAGAACAGAGUGGAUUGUUAAGAAGCUUUGCCCGAUUAAGUAAGAGGAGACUUAGUUUCAAACCUCAAAAAUCUUCAGUCAAAGAUGUAACAGAAGUUAUGUCAAAUGAAAACACAGCUAAUAACCUGAGAGAAGAAGAAGAGUGCGUGGAAAAUAAGACAGUUGAGAACACAAAGUCUCCAUUGUCAGAAGUACUUCCGAAAAACAAGACAAUGUCAAAUACGGAAAUGGUGUUAAAUGACAAUCUACCCAGUGCCAAGGAUUCACCAGGUCAAGGCCAGGCUGCUGGUAAUGCUUCAGAUAUUGAAGAUGGAAGAAAUAAAAUGAGUCAAAGAUCCUUCAGAACCAGUGAGAACAGCAGCAGCAAUGCAGAGGCCAAAGUGCCUGAUGAAAGUCCAAAAGAACAGAGUGGAUUGUUAAGAAGCUUUGCCCGAUUAAGUAAGAGGAGACUUAGUUUCACACCUCAAAAAUCUUCAGACAAAGAUGUAACAAAAGUUAUGUCAAAUGAAAGCACAGCUAAUAACCUGAGAGAAGAAGAAGAAGAGUGCGUGGAAGUUAAGUCAAUUGAGAACACAAAGUCUCCAUUGUCAGUAAUGGAAAUAAACCAGUUAAUAACAAAAAAGAUGUUACUGGAUGCAAAUGAAAACAUAAAUAAAAUGGAAAAAGAAUUGCUAAAUGAGAGAAAGCCAACAAAAGAUCAGCAAUAUAUGGUUAAAGUUCGAGAUCUCAAUCUGCUCUGUGACGCACUUGUUGGACAAAUGAUGUACAUAGUUGCCAAUUCACUAACUAUUGCUAAAGAAAAUGGUAACUAUUUGUGCUGGACAAUGAAAGUUGUUGAAAUGGAAGAAGCAGCUGACAAAGAUUGGCAAGAACAAAAGAAUCUUUCUGAUACUGAGUGUUUCAGAAGGCCUCGAAAGUGGCGAGAACUGUGGCGAGAAACAGUUACCAGAAGUGUAAAAGACAGGAUAGAUAAUGUGCCUUUACGUGCAAAGGAGAAGGGUUCCUGCAUGAUGGCACAGCAUUUAUCAGACGUGCAAGAAAUUAUUGUUGAAGACUUGAAAACUGUCAAGAACUUUAUACAAAAAAGUUAUCCAGAAAGUUACAAUAUUUUUAGCAUGUAUGUGAAAUGCUAUCACCAAACUGUAGCUUCUCAUUUGGAAAGCAUUCUACAGAAACAGCUUGAACCAAGUGAUCUUUAUUCACUACUCAACUGGAUUAUUCACACCUACAAAAGUGAUGCUGUUAUGAACCAUCCUGAGCUUUCACCAGAAGUGAACAUUGAGGGACUUGGUCCAUUGUUAGAUGAAAAAAUUAUAAAGAAUAUCAUGGACAAAUACAUUGAAGCUUUGAAGUUAACAGUUCCAGUCUGGAUGAAGAAUGCAGUGAAAGAAGAUGAAGCAAAAUGGUCUGAAUCUGAGGCAUAUGUACCAGAAAUAAUGAUGGAUUGUUAUCAUUCGCAUAUUGCCUCUGAUUUAAGUCAGAUCAUUAGUGCAUACCUGAAUGAAUCUGGCAAGAUCAGCAAAGAUUUAAAGGAGAAAGUUUUGUGUUACUGCCUGAAAGAAUUAACAAAUUUAAUUCACUGCUACCAAGAAGACCUGAAGGUCAGAAAACGGAGUGUCCAAGACCCACUGCCACUCCUGAUUGUAAGCAUCAACAGCUACAUUGAUCUUGGGGAAUUUAUUAAGAUCCAUAAAGAAGAUAAUUCUGCAUCUUUUGAUGAGGUAGAAAAGGCAUUAAAUGAAGCACUACAUGAACUCAACAAAAUCCUUUCUGAUGAUCUUCUUUUUAAAGUUUUGUGUUGUUUUAAGAAGAUCAUGACUAAUAAGCAGUUGUCCAGCAGUGAAGAUUUUGAUCAGUUGAUGAGCAUGACUGGAAAAUAUUGUAUUGAAUUAAGGAAAAUGAAAGAGGCCAAUUACCAGGUGGUGAUUUCUGAUCUUCACUAUCAAUUUGUUAGAGAGUACAUUACCGCAUUAAUGAAAAAGAAAAUUAAAAAAACAUCUUCAAAGCAUCUUACAGCAACUAAGAUAAGAGAAGAAUUGGGAGCAAUAAAUAAAAUAUAUGAAGAAUUUGGUAGCAAUGCUUUGUGGCUUUUUCCAAUAACUCAACACUUGUUCGAUUUUAUUGAUGGAGAUGAAAAUGAACUUGAAUCAAAACUCCAUGCAUUACUUGAGGGCUGUCCGGAAAUUGGUGAAGAACAUAUUUCAGCCCUUCUGCAUAUACGUGGAAUUUCAAAAGGACAAAAGAAAAACAAUUUAAUGAAAUAUUUCAACCAACUGAAGAAGAAUUCAAAAGAUCCAAGAGAAACUACACACCCAUUUCUUUUUGAAAAAAUAAUCACUGGAUCAGGGACCUGGCUGCCAUCUCAUCCAUUUUAAAAGUCAAAGUGAUCAUCCACAAACAGAAUACUUUUGCAGAAUAGCAGUACAAGAAGGAUAACUUCAUUGUCUGAUGCCUAUCCCAAUUACAUCAGUUACUUUUAACGUAAAUCUGAAUUGCAUUCAUGAAAUUUAAUGUUUGUAAUGAGACUAUAUAUAAAACCAAAUUACUGCAUGUCAUUAUUGGGAUUAAUGAGAUCCCUAUUAAUAUGGAAUAACGGCUUCUGUUUGUGAGGGGAGACUCUACAAAGCACCCUUGUGAAAUGUAGAUUCUUUACUGUGUCUGCAGACAAAAGUAAACUUAUACCCAUACAGGGGCCCUAGGUUCGCGAGACAUCUGCCAAAUUCGGUUGCUUUGGAUCUUUAUUCAGAUGCUUUUGAUGUGAAAUAAGCACAAAUCUCCAGUUUAAAUCAAACAGAUAAGACACUGGAAAUGAAGCAAUGGUAGAGAGAGAAAAACAAAGGCAUGUCAAAACAGACGUGUAAUUUCUUCCACUUUCAAUAAAAUAACACUAUCAGAUUCUCCUUCA